GGUACAAAAACGUCAAGCAAAAGUCAUAACGGAAGAACAGAAGGAACAACUUUGGCAGCUGAAAAUUCUUGGAACUGACACACCGCAACAAUUGCUUGACACAUUGAUCUAUGUUCUUGGACUAUCUAUGUUAUGGACUUAAUUUAGCCUUGCGUGCUGGACAGGAACACAGAAAUGAGAGAACAGGACCUAAUUCCCAGAUAAAAAUUCUGAAAGGUGAAAGUGGACGCAAAUAUAUACAAUACAAUGAAGACGUGUCCAAAUACAAUUCUGGAGGUUUACACAGCCGAAAAAUGAAGGCCAAAUGCAUCAGGGUAUAUGAAAAUACAGAUAUGUCGAAUAGAUGUCAAGUGGCUAUUCUUGAGAAAUAUCUCAGUCUUCGAUGGAGAAAUUUCAAACGACACUCAUCCUCGGUCCCAGGUAAGAACCGCACUAACGCUUUUUCAUCUGAGACACAGGACGAACGACAGCAAGCCUUCGUGAAAUUAACUAGUAUUUCACUGCUUUUGACCCCAGACCUGACCAGUCAUAUCGAUGAAGACACCUUGCAGAUAUUCGUCAUGUUGGUUAGAUCCUUGGAGGCUUAG